UCUAAUCUGGCAGCACGUUCCAUAAACCCACCCCGCUCAGUGUGAAAUAUUAUUUACACAUCUUGAUUUAAUUGAUCGGGUUUAAUUUAUGGCCUCUGGGUGUUAAUGGCGGAGGAUUCUGCAGUGCUGUACCAUUGGAUAUCACAGCUUGGUGGACAGACUCUUUGUGGAAAGAGGCGAUUAAUGGCACAUGCGAAUGGUUGUUCACCGAUCCUGCCCCACACUCCAUUAUAAGGCAAGAAUCGGAUACAAUAAUGACUUUCGAAAUAUAUUUGAACAGCUAUGUGGAUUGAAAGGAUUUAGAAAGAUGAGGGCUAAAUGCAUGCACUGGGACUCGCCAACGUGCGUUGACAAGGUGGGCCGAAGGGCUAGGGGUUCACUGCUCUACGACUCGAUAUGGAAAGUACAAUGAAUACAACUGCCAUGUGAUCCCAGAAUGGGCUGGUGGGUGGAUGGGAAUGGUGAAACUGCUGUAAAUGUUGGGCUCUGCUCGCUAUUUCGAGGAACUCCUGCAGUGAUGUACUGGGGCUGUGUGGAUUAGCUUCCAAUAAACCAUUCAGCAGGACGAUGCCUGGAUUGUCAACUACAGUAGGACAUUUGAGCUACGUGGUUGCAUUCUCUGGAACGCUGGAGGUUGCGUGGACUCCUAAUAGACGUAUAUAAAGUUAAGGGGCACACAUAGGAUUAACAAUCAGAACCUAUAACAUAGAAACAUAGAAAAUAGGUGCAGGAGGAGGCCAUUCAGCCCUUCGAGCCAGCACCGCCAUUCAUUGUGAUCAUGCCUGAUCAACCCCAAUCAAUAACCCGUGCCUGCCGUCUCCCCAUAUCCCUUGAUUCCACUAGCCCCUAGAGCUCUAUCUAACUCUCUCUUAAAUCCAUCCAGUGAAUUGCCCUCCACUGCCUUCUGUGGCAGGGAAUUCCAUAAAUUCACAACUCUGGGUGAAAACGUUUUUUCUCACCUCAGUCUUAAAUGACCUCCCCUUUGUUCUAAGACUUUGGCCCCUGGUUCUGGACUCGCCCUACAUUGCGAACAUUGUUCCUGCAUCUGGCUUGUCAGGUCCUUUUAUAAUUUUAUAUGUUUCUAUAAGAUCCUCCCUCAUCCUUCUAAACUCCAGUGAAUACAUGCCUAGUAUUUUCAAUCUUUCCUCAUAUGACAGUCCCGCCAUCCCAGGGACCAAUCUCGUGAACCUACGCUGCAUUGCCUCAAUCACAAGGAUGGCCUUCCUCAAAUUAGGAGACCAAAACUGUACACAAUACUCCAGAUGUGGUCUCACAAGAGCCCUAUACAACUGCAGAAGAACCUCUUUACUCCUAUACUGAAAUCCUCUUGUUAUGAUGGCCAACAUCCCAUUAGCUUUCUUCACUGCCUGCUGUACCUGUAACCCAACUUUCAGUGACCGGUGUACAUGGACACCCAGGUCUCUCUGUAUUUCCCCCUUACCUAACCUAACCCCAUUGAGAUAAUAAUCUGCCCCCUUGUUUUUGCCGCCUAAGUGGAUAACCUCACAUUUAUCUAUAUUAUACUGUAUUGUACCCGUCAUAUACGGCUUUCCCCGACGGAGAUGCGACUUUUUCAACGUAUCUCUUCUGCACAGCGGCUUUAACAUCGUGGAGCUGGGAGAAAAGGAGGACAUUAGGGAUAAGUUAUUUGACUUCCAUCACAGUGGGGAAUGUGAGGUCGCCGAAAAAACAAGAUGGACGUGCUGCCCGCACUGGUGAGGACUCGGAGGGAGAGCCGAGAGUGCGGUGAUCUCGGUGUUUUGCGGGGACAUGCCUCCCUGAGGACAUCCCGUAGUGUGCGAGUGUGGACGGGACGGCUUUCUGAAGAAGGGUUUCGGCCCGAAACUUUGCCCAUUUCAUUCGCUCCAUAGAUGCUGCCAAAGAGGCUGCUACACCCGCUGAGUUUCGCCAGCGUUUUUGUGUACCUACGGCUUUCUGACUGUUCGGGCGGACAGGGACUGCAGAGAGAGUGACAGCGGUCGGUACAACUCUGGUCACAUCACGGUGAAGGACAUUGAACUGAUGGCUUUGGGUCUCCGCUUAUGCUGUGGCCCUGUGGAUUCUCACACACCGCUGUGGUGGCUGUUUAAGUCUACGUGUAAUUUGUAUGUGGUUAUGUAUCUUGGUGUUUUUUUUGAAUGACUGUUGGCAAAUCAAAUUCCGUGUAUGUUUACAUACUUGGCUAAUAAAUUAAUUUCAAUAAGGAUUCGACGAUAUUUAAUUUGCCAUCAGCAGAUUAUAAGCGCCGGAAAUCAGUCUCCACCCACACAGGUUACAUAGCCCCUCCCACUCAUUAUAUUCCGGUUAAUAAAGACAACCAGAGGCUCUGGUUUCCAGAUACUGGAACCCGAGCGGCUACCGGACUUUGCAGACCAACUCGAGUGGGUCUGAACCUUGGCUGCUCGCCUGUCCGGAAGAAUGGCCCCAGCGCUGCACCUACUGUGGCCUCUGCUGCUGCUGCUCCCUACAGGUCUCCUGGCGAUUCCAGUCCUGAAUCAAACCCCAACUUCCGGACCCGUCUCCGCGGCACAGACCGCCCGCUUAGAGUGUCGGAUGCAGAAUGGAAAUGUUGCAAGUUACCAUGUAUAUUGGUAUCGACAGCGUCCCGGGGAGAGUCCAAAGUGGUUGGUAACGUAUGAAACGGAUAAUGAUAUAUACCGUGGCAGUGGGAUCACAGACCGGUUCCAACCGUCCAGAGAUACUUCCGCCAACAGCUACAUCCUGACCAUCGGCACCGUGGAGCCCGGAGACGCCGCCGUCUACUACUGUGCAGUGUGGGAAAAUAAUGUGGGAUUCAUCUUCAGCCCUGGGACUAUCCUGGAAAUAAAUAGUAGCGAGUCUCGGAAGCCCUCGCUUCUCCUGCUCCCUCCGUCUCCGGAGGAAACUGGCACGGGCUCGGCCACACUCAGCUGUCUGGUGAGCGGCUUUAAGCCGGGCCUCGUGGCGCUGCGCUGGGCCGUGGACGGCGUGGAGACGGAGAGCGGGGUGACGACGGGCGCCGUGUCCCCGGACGCCGAGCAGACGUACAGGCUGAGCAGUUACCUGCGGGUCCCCGCCGCCGCAUGGGGCAAGGGCACGAGCUAUUCCUGCAGCGUAGCCCACAGCUCUCUGGGCUCGCCUCUCCGCCACACCGUCUCCUCAUCCGCUUGCGCGAACUGAGUUCGUGCCAUUGGCAUCGGCUGCCAAUUCUCUGCUAUGUUUAACACAGAGAGAGCUUCACUGUGGUCUGCCGCCACAUUGUGCAAUGUAACCUAUAGCAAUGUCCGCUUCUGGGAACAACACGAAUAUGUAAUUAUCUCAGAGAUCUGUGCGAAUUUCGUUGUAGAUUUGUCUCCAGUUCUAUGUGUCUUACUGCCUCUGUCUGUAGAAUGGGGGCAGAUUCCCCUGUAGACAGUAACCGUGUUGUGAUUGGAUCUGGUGUAACUCAGCUCUCAAUAAAGAGGAAAAACUGCA